UGUGACCAUUAUCCACAAAUUAAGAAAAAACAAACGACAAGAUUCAUUCGCGUUCGAUUUUCAAAUUCCAAGUGUAAUAUACCGUUACCAACUUACCCGUUAGCGCGUGUGUAGUGGUAUUGUGCUGUGAGGCUGGAUGGGCCAUGGAAAUAAUACAGUUUGGUCUCCACAGAUUAUGUUAGAAAAGUUUUAAGGCGAUUCGCUGGCAGGUUUGAACGGCAGAGUUUUGCUGCAAAAAGCGGCAGUGUACGUAAACAAGUGAAGCUCAGUGACGCUCAGUGAAGCUCAGUGAAGUGUUGUGAAGUGCGCGAACUAUGUCGUGACCAUGUACAGGCCCAACUUCUACGAGAGCACCUGCUUCAGGUGUAACGAAAUAGUGUACCAGGUGGACCGGGUCGGUCCGCUGAAGGACUUCACUUUCUUCCAUAGUGGGUGCUUUAAGUGCGCUGUCUGUGGGACCAAGUUGACUUUGAAGACAUACUACAACAACCAGCACUGGACAGAGGACAAGGAAGUGUACUGCUCAAGCCAUGUCCCCAAGAUCGGGCCGGGGCACCUGGACAACUCCUCCGUGGGAAUCCGCAGCGCCCUCAACGUGCCGAAAAGCAACAACUACGUCAACGAGCAGAUCCGGGGCACGGCUAGGAACAGCCAUGACAAUGAAUUAUCACCCACAAGAGCGACCAACGGCGGCAGCGUGCACGCGUCGCCGGCUCGGGAGCUGUCACGCGACACGCCCGACUACCAGUACGGGCGGUUCGACGCGAGCGCAUUGCACAUCGCGCAUGCGUUGAAGCAGACGGAACUGCAGAAGGCGUACCAUCGGCCGCGGGAGAAGCCCAUAGACUGCUACUUGGAUCGCGAUGAACAAACAAAACUGGAAAUGAAACAUCGACAAGAAGAAGACGACUUGUACAGAAAAUUCUCAAAACACCGCGAAGAAGAAAAUAGAAGAAUACGAGAAGAAAUACAAAAUGAAUGGGAAAGGGAGCUAGAAAGACUAACGAGCCGGUUUCAACAAGAGAUGCAAGUGAAGAAACGACGGCCUGAUGCCGAGAUAGGCGCCCUGACGCUCAGGCACCAGCAAGAGAGGGCUGACCUGGAGAAGAACAUGACGCUCAGGAGAGAUAAGAAGAAGGAGAGCCUCACGAGGAAGAUGUUGGAGCAUGAAAGGGCAGCCACGGCAGCGCUAGUUGAAAAACAGAGCCACGAGAUGAUGGAGCUGAUCCAGGAAAGGCGCUCGGAGUACAUGGCUGCUUCUUCACUGUACCUGGAUGGGGAGGAGGCGCCUCCAUACCCGUCCAGGGCGCCCGCGCCGCAGCCCCCCCUGGUGUCCAAGUUCCACAUAUACACCGACCCGGCGGAGUUCGCGGAUGUUGACAAAAUCGCUAUAUCGGUGGCGCAAGAAGACCAAAAAACCUUCACAGAUCUAGUCCGGCAGCUAGUGGGGCGAUGCGCAACCGACGUGGAGAAGGCGCGGACGAUCUUCCGCUGGAUCACGGUGAAGAACCUCAACAACAUCCAGUUCGACGACAACUUGCGGGGCGACUCGCCUCUAGGCCUGCUGCGCGGCAUCAAGCACGGGACGGAGAGUUACCAUGUACUGUUUAAGAGGUUGUGCAGCUACGCAGGCCUGCACUGCGUGGUGAUCAAGGGCUACAGCAAAUCCGCGGGCUACCAGCCCGGCGUCCGCUUCGAAGACAACAGAUUCCGAAACUCCUGGAACGCGGUAUACGUGGCAGGGGCCUGGCGGUUCGUCCAGUGCAACUGGGGGGCGAGGCAUCUGGUCAACGCGAAAGACGCCCCCAAACCAGGGAACAGAGGGAAGAGUGAUAGCUUGAGGUACGAAUACGACGACCACUACUUCCUGACGGACCCGCGCGAGUUCAUCUACGAGUUCUUCCCGCUGCAGCCGGACUGGCAGCUGCUGAAGACGCCCAUCACCCUCCACGACUUCGAGGAGCUGCCCUUCGUGCGAUCGCUGUUCUUCCGAUACGGGCUGUACUUCAGCGACCCCAAUACCAAGGCGGUCAUGUACACUGACUCCACUGGUGCGGCGACUAUGCGCAUAGCCAUGCCAGCACACAUGCAGAGCUCGCUGAUCUUCCACUACAACCUCAAGUUCUACGACACAGAGGGCGAUGGUUUCGACGGCGUCAGUUUAAAGAGAUUUGUAAUGCAGUCAGUGGUGGGCAACGUGGUGUCGUUCCGGGUGCACGCGCCCUGCAGCGGCGCCUUCUUACUAGACAUCUUCGCCAACGCCGUCACGCCGCGCGAAUACCUCACCGGGGAGCCCAUGAAGUUCAAGAGCGUUUGCAAGUUCAAGAUUUGCUGCGCCGAGCUCCAAACGGUGAUGGUGCCUCUGCCGGACUGCGCCAGCGGCGAAUGGGGCCCGACCAAAGCCACCCGCCUGUUCGGGCUCGUACCUAUCACUCAUCAGGAGGCGCUGGUCUUUGCCGGGCGCGAACUAGAGAUCCAGUUCCGAAUGUCGCGCCCGCUGGCCGACUUCAUGGCGACACUGCACAAAAACGGCGUCGAUGAGAAGCGGCUGUCGAAAUACGUGCAGCAGAACGUGUCGGAUGAUAUAGUGUCGUUCUACAUCACUUUCCCUGAAGAAGGUCAAUACGGGCUAGACAUCUACACUCGCGAGCGCGGCGGACCCACCGCGAUCCACCAGAACGGUUCCACGGAGAAAGAGAAGCACCUCCUCACACACUGCUGCAAGUAUCUCAUCAACAGCAGCAAGAGGAAUUGAACCUUAACACCUUCUGAUGAACGCCAAAUUGGAACGCACUAUAAAUUGCCCACUGCUGCAAACAUCUCAUCAACAGCAGCAAGCGAAAUUGAACCUUAACACCUUCUGAUGAACGCCAAAUUGGAACGCACUAUAAAUUGCCCACUGCUGCAAACAUCUCAUCAACAGCAGCAAGCGAAAUUGAACCUUAACACCUUCUGAUGAACGCCAAAUUGGGAUGCACUAA